CGCUCUUUCCGCUUCCUGCUCCGGCCUCUGAGAAGACGUGCUGCUGCGAUAUCGGGAGCCAUCUUCUACCCGCCCUCUUUCUUGUCAACUGCUUCCCAUGAUGAAGAAAAACAUUCGGAAAAACCAGGACGAACGUUAUCGCUUGAAGUUUCAGCGUCUUUGCCGUGUGGCCAAGGUGCUGGUUUACGAGAACGCAGCCCUGUGCGAUGAGAUUGCCCGGCUGGAGGCCAAAUACCUGCGGAUACGUGAGGAGCGCCGUUUCUUGCUUACUCGCCUGUUGCAGGCACAAGCCCUGGCUGAGGACGGCUCUCCCACGCCGGCUGUGGCAGCUGGCCUGCAACCUUCCCCAGAUGAGCAGCCUACUCGCAAAAUACGCCGGGAACGCAAAGGCAAAGAAAAUGGCCGAGCAUCCAAACGCAGGGCACCCCAGGAGCUGGGCGUCCGCCGGCUGGUCCCCCCGCUUCCUUUGGACCCUGCCGGACGGCCGAUUUUUCCUAUCACUUUAGGCCCACUAACCAUCUACAGUCUGGGUGAGAUCAUCUCUGACCGUCCUGGUUUCCAUACUGAGAGUGCCAUCUACCCUGUGGGGUAUUGCAGUACCAGGGUUUUUGCCAGCACUCGCAGGCCAACUCACCGCUGUCUGUACACCUGCCAGAUCAAGGACGGGGGCACCGGGCCACACUUCGAAAUUGCCCCCGAAGACGAACUGGGGGUUGUAAUAGCAGGAUCUACCCCAGAUGCCUGCCAUGCUCAGCUGUUGGAAGCAGUGGCUGCUGGCCAGCUCGAGCCAGCAGGGGCUGAAUUCUUUGGGCUGUCGCACCCUGCAGUCCAACACCUCAUCCAGAGCUGCCCAGGGGCACACAAGUGUGCUGGGUACCGCUGGUGCCGCUUUGAGGUCUGUCGUGCGAAUGAUGGACCCUCUCCUGAGGGCCUGUCUCCAAGGAAUCCGGGCACUGAUUUUGAGGCGUUCCAGAGUCAAGGUUUGGCCGGGCCUCUGAAUCUAGAUUUCCCUGCGGCUUCUCCUUCCUCGCCCAGCGGAAAUGGCUACACUGAACUUUUCCUGCCUUGUGCUACCUCGGCUGAGUCACCCCUCCCUCCAAGUCCAGAAACUGACCCUGACUGAGACCAGCAGAAGGCGGCUUUCCAGGUGCUCCACCCUUUCUUUCUAGCUCCUCUAUUGCCUGAUACUGCUAGAAUGGGCUUGAUUGAAAUGUUGGGAGUUUUUUUUUCUUUACCUUUUAAGGUUUGCAGUGGCUCCAAGCAUCCACUUUAUUUCUUAAAAGCUUUCUGCAGGAACAGUGAGAAUAGAAGUAAUUUUAAACUACCUUGGGGGUGAGGGGCGGGGUCAGAGCUUUUAAAAGGGGCUAUGGAAUUUUUCAAAUCAGAGAUUCUUAAACUUUGGAACUUCAACACACACACACACACCCCAAAUAAAUGAUGAGAUUGCUUAAUUUUGCAAAAUUAUUGAUACUGCGGCUUUAUUUUGAAGGCGGCCAUUCUCAUUUCCAGUUCAUUUGUUCUGAAGCAGUAUUUAUUCUGUAGAGGAACAGCUAGAAAAGUUCUUAAUUUUGUCAUUGGCUCGUCCAAAGUGAGAGCCAGUUUGGAGCUUCUUGUACAGAAAUUCAUGUGCUAAAAGCCUUGUUAAACCACACUCCUGCUUUGCCUCGACAAACAAGCUGUUGGCUUCUCCAGGUGUACCAGCAUAAGCUUCCUUCCAAAUUUGCUACCUUCUCUCGUAGGAGUGGGCAACUAUGGCCCCUUUAUAAUCUAUGGCAAGUUCAGGAAUUCUGGGAGUUGAAGUCCACAAGUCAUAAAGGGGCCGUGGUUGCCCAUUCCUGCUCUACAAGUAAUCCUCACUUCAACCCUAAUUGGGGCCAGAAUUUCCAUUGCUAAGUGAUGUGGCUGUUAGGCGAAACAUCACAUGACCCCACCACUUAGCAAUGGAAUUGUUGAUAGUCCUAGUUGCACAUCAUUACAUGAGGAUUGCACACUUUUCCUGCCUUGUUGUACUUUCCUACACUUAAAUUCCCACCAGCCAUCUAUCUUACCCCAAUCACUGUCUUUCUAGCCACCCUGCACCCCACUGUUUCUCGCCGCUGCUCCAGCUGACUGUGGUCUUCCUCCCACCGACAGCUGCUUCGCAUGGUAACUGCUGAGAUAGCACAGGGUGAAGAGAAGCAGAGGAAAGCCGAAAGGGCAGAGAUGGGAGAUAGGUGGAUGGGGGAGAUUAAAGCGCACCUGAGGUCAUAAAUGCAGGUGGGCUGCCAAAUAACUUUGAUCAUGUGAACACAGGGAUGCUGGAGUAGACAUAACUUGAAGGACCAGGCAUAAAUAUCAUUCAUUUAACACCACUGGAACCUUGAACUAUCACUGAAUGAAUGAUUGUUAAGUGAGGACUACUGGUAAUAUUUGUGAUUCUGCAGGGAGUUACAGUUCAGUCUGAACUGUAUCUCUUAUCUUAAGCCAACAGAAUGGGA